UUCCAGAUUUUACUGCUGUCGUUAUUAUCAAUCAUUCGAGGUUCCCCGUAUGACGAUGGGAAAUACAAUCCGAGAAAAUACCGAGUUUACGACGACGGACGGUAUUAUCGGCCUUUAGGCGAAGGAAAAUACGUCAGAGGCGAUGAGGGCAAAUACACGUAUGUGUACAGACAAGGUCUAUAUCCCGAACAUGACGGAGACUACAGAUAUAUACACCAGGAGGGUCCAAACGGAGGGUUUGGGGGCAAUGGUGGAUUCGGAGGGAACGGGGGCUUUGGAGGCAACGGCGGGUUUGGAGGCAAUGGAGGAUUUGGAGGAAAUGGAUACGGAGGAGGAGACGGAAAUGGAGAUGGGUAUGGAAAUGGAGAUAGGUACGGCGACGGAAGCGGUCAAGAUGAUUCGUCAUAUAAGCCAAAUAAAAUCGAUUACGGGAGAAAGAUCUACGCAGAGCGAUACCCUCAUCUCCACAAGUUCAUUAAGGCGCUGGUUAACCAGUACGUGUCCCCGGACUACAUCGGCUUCGGCGACGAGUCGCAGGGCAGCUCGGCACACUACAACAAGGCGUAUGCCGAUAAGGAGGUGGCUGUAAAGUGUCAUUACCUGUCGCCGACGCAGGAGAAUGCUUCGGAGUUUGUUACGCAGUACCCACCACGUUUGAAUUCCCUGCAUGGGGAUAAACAGGGGUCCUUCUACAGCUUCAAAGGCACAAAGGUCUUCAGCACAGUCGCCAACUCUCGUCCGACCAAGCUUAAUCUGGAGUAUGAAGUGUUCGUCAGGGUGGUCGAUGUUACUGAUUAAAUAUUCAAUUGUUUA